AUGAAGAUAAGAGUUGAUUUAUCUUUGGAAGCCAUCUAAAACCGUGGGAUGUGGACCAGUCCCAUAAGUGGUUGUUUUGAAACCGAGAACUAACGUUACAAACACAUGGCUACUAUGAUGGACAGGCAGACAUUGCAAAGUGCAUUACUAGGGCUAUUUCUGGCAUCCUGGAUGUCUAGCUUGGGUUCUCCCUGGAGGUACAACCCGAUCUGGGGCAUAGUGGAGGGGCCAGGAGGUAGAAUAAGCCCUAAGCAGUACUGAUCUGGGACCAGAGAGUUGUGUUCCAGAAACAAUCUGGCACCCACUCUAUAGUAGUAGGGUGGGCAGUGGGAAAAUCAUUCAUUGGGGUUUGGUCGAAGGUUAAAGUUUCCCAUAGCCACAGAUCUAGGAUGAGUUUGGUUAACCCUGACCUUAACCGCUAGGAUGAUCUGACCCUGCCUCAGCAGAAGGGGCAACUUUGGCCAAUUCCCCCCAGUUCAACCGUCUCUCACUAAACAGCCUUAUGGGACAUUAUGUGAGAUGCAGCCAGCAUUAUUUAUCAGAUAUACAGUACCAGUCAAAUGUUUGGACACAUCUACUCAUUCCAGGGUGUUCUCUAUUUUUUUUACUAUUUUCUACAUUGUAGAAUAAUAGUGAAGACAUCAUUUGUGAAAUUGCUUUCCUUAAUGCGUUUGAGCCAAUCAGUUGGGUUGUGACAAGGUGGGGGGGGGGGGUGGUAUACAGAAGAUAGCCCUAUUUGGUAAAAGACCAAGUCCAUAUUAUGGCAAGAACAGCUCAAAUAAGCAAAGAGAAACGACAGUCCAUCAUAACUUUAAGAAAUGAAGGUCUGUCAAUAAGGAACAUUUCAAGAACUUUGAAAGAUUCUUCAAGUGCAGUCGCAAAAACCAUCAAGCGCUAUGAUGAAACUGGCUCUCAUGAGGACCGCCACAGGAAUGGAAGACCCAGAGUUACCUCUGCUGCAGAGGAUAAGUUCAUUAGAGUUACCAGCCUAAGAAAUUGCAGCCCAAAUAAAUGCUUCACUGAGUUCAAGUAACAGACACAUCUCAACAUCAACUGAGGAAUAGUCCCAUGUAGCUCAGUUGGUAGAGCAUGGCGCUUGCAACGCCAGGGUUGUGGGUUCGUUUCCCAUGGGGGGCCAGUAUGAAAAUGUAUGCACUCACUAACUGUAAGUCGCUCUGGAUAAGAGCGUCUGCUAAAUGACUAAAAUGUAAAUUAAUGUCUGAGUCAGGCCUUCAUGAUCGAAUUGCUGCAAAGAAACCACUACUAAAGGACACCAAUACGAAGAAGAGACUUGCUUAGGCCAAGAAACACGAGCAAUGGACAUUAGACCGGUGGAAAUUUGUCCUUUGGUCUGGAGUCCAAAUUGGAGAUUUUUAGUUCCAACCGCCGUGUCUCUGUGAGACGCGGUGUGUGUGUGAACGGAUGAUCUCCGCAUGUGUAUUUCCCACCGUAAAGCAUGGAGGAGGGGGUGUGAUGGUUUGGGGGUGCUAUGCUGGUGACACUGUCUCUGAUUUGAUUUAGAAUUCAAGGCACACUUAACCAGCAUGGCUACCACAGCAUUCUGUAGCAAUACGCCAUCCCAUAUUGUUUGCACUUAGUGGGACUAUCAUGUUUUUCAACAGGACAAUGACCCAACACACCUCCAGGCUGUGUAAGGGCUAUUUGACCAAGAAGGAGAGAGUGAUGGAGUGCUGCAUCAGAUGACCUGGCCUCCACAAUACCCCGACCUCAACCCAAUUGAGAUGGUUUAGGAUGAGUUGGACCGCAGAGUGAAGGAAAAGCAGCCAACAAGUGCUGAGCAUAUGUGGGAACUCAUUCAAGACUGUUGGAAAAGCAUUCCUUAUGAAGCUGAUUUGAGAGAAUGCCAAGAGUGUGCAAAGCUGUCAUCAAGGCAAAAGGUGGCUAUUUGAAGAAUCUCAAAUAUAAAAUAUAUUUUGAUGUAACUUUUUUUUUUUAUAUAUAUAUAUUUUUUUUUUUUACAUGAUUCCAUAUGUGUUAUUUCAUAGUCUUCACUAUUAUUCUACAAUGUAAAAAUAAAGAAACCCUUGAAUGAUUAGGUGAGUCCAAACUUUUGACUGGUAGUGUAUGUUUUGCUCUGUAAAGUCUACCGUGUUUGGACUUGCUCAGACAGUGUUCUGGCCUGGGACUUAAUUGUUCAUUCCAGGUCACCGUAUCCAGGGGGAAACACUCACUGUUGGCUCAGGACACUGCCCGCUGGUCAAGCUAUGUUUAGGCUACCGUCAAAUAUAUGUAUCAACUAAUCAUUGUCUUCAAUCUGAAUCAAGGUUAGAUGAAUCAGAUGUUAGUGCUUGGCUAGAACAAAAGCCUGCACCGAACCACACCGGCCCUCUGCUGAUUUAGUUGGUGCUCUCACCGAUGCUCUGACUUGGUCACUGUCUGGUUGUUAGAGAGAGGAGAGGGGGUCUCACUCAGGUUCUCUGCACCUCAGCCUCCCUAGACAGGGGCAAGACCAAACCAAGGCUGUGGAUGAUGUUACUGACCCACAUGACGUAAGGGGCUAUUUAGGAUGGCAAUAUGAACCGCAGCGCACAGUCACCAGAUCUGAGACCAGCUCACAGUCAUGAGUGGACUACGAACACACCGGUUAGGGCUGAGAAUUACCUGGGACCUCGCAAUAUGAUAUUAUCACGAUACUUAGGUGCCGAGACGAUUCUAUUUGUAUUCCGAUUCAAUGUUUCGAACAUAUUGCUCCCCAUAUCUCUGCUGCAGAGGGACAAGAUCACUAAUACUGGUACACAAAUGGAUGAAACUGAACCGUAACCAUAUCCAGUGGUGUUACUGUUAUGCUGUUAGCCUAUAGCUUACAUACGAGUCCCCUCAAUUCCUAGUCCAGAGAGAUGUUAUGAAUAACUUUACUUAAAAAUGUGUUUAUGAAUGAUUCUCUUUCUCAUAUUGCUUCCUCUGUGUUUGUGUUCCAGACUAUGAGAAGACAUCGAAAUGACGUGACAGUCGAGCUGAGAAAGGUGAGCGAAGAAGCCUCAUUUUAAUUUGUGAUGCAGGACUUUGCAGCGGUGCUUCUACCUCUCCCUAUAUUAAUGUAUUAGUAUUCACCUCCCUGCUUACCGACACACACAGACCUGUAAACAGGCUGUUUCUUUCUCACCCUGUGUCUUGCCCCAGACAGACUGACUGGGUAUUCCUCUCCAUCCAUACAGAAUGACCCCCCUCUCUAUAGAGCCUCUAACACCCUCUGUCUCCAACCAUGACCUUUCACCUUUGGAUUUACCUCUGACCCAUGUAAACUGCCUCCUCACCGUGACCUCAUAGGCGUGUCUUUGUUUGACCUACUGCAGUGAUGUGCUGCAGGUAGAAAUUGCUCUUAGGCACAGAUCUAGGAUCAGUUUACCCUCCCUAGAUCCCAUCCAAUAUUGGGAUAAUGCUAAACUGACCGUUAGACCAAUCUAAGAGCAAUUUAACCCCAUUUCCAGUAGGGCUGGGAAUUGCCAGGGACCUCACGAUUUAUAUAUGUAUUGCGAUUCGAUACUGUGAUUUUAUUGCUAUUCGAUGUUGCAAACAUAUUGCUCACCAUAUGUCUGCUGCAGAGGGACUUGAGGGAGCCAUGAGAAAACAACAAGUUUUGAUCAGUCAUGGAAAUAAAAGUGAGAAAAAAAAAAGAUUCCUAUUUAAAAAGAAGAUGGGGAACAAGCUAUGAAGGUAAACGUUUUGGUGCAGGUACAGCAAACUAGCGCUAAAAUAAUAUUACAAUAUUUUCAAAAUGUAUGAUAUAUCGUCAAAAAAUAUCCUGAUAUGUAACUGUAUACAUCCCCAUCACUAACUCCCAGGGAUUUCAUGGGAAUCCCAGUUUGGAUGGAGCCCUUGACCAAAACUGACCCCUGAAACUGUUAGCCCAAUUCUUAUUCACCUUAGUCAUUCAGCCACUCCCUCCACAUGCCACUACACUUCACCUUGAUCUGCAGACCUGUGUACUGUAUCUGUAUCCUCUAUCAGACUAACAGACUACCUCCUAGGGAUUAACAGAGAUUUAAAAGUAUAUUCAGAUGUAAUCUAUCCUGAGAUGCGUGGUGUGCUUGUCUGCUAAAAGGUGCUACAUGGUCAGUCCGACGCCUGCAUUGGCCUUGCAGCGUUUACGGUGAUACGGCCUCUGCAGAAGUCAGGGCAUUCAUACACUACAUGACCAAAAGUAUGUGGACACCUGCUUGUCGAACAUCUAAUUCCAAAAUCACGGACAUUAAUAUGGAGUUGCCCCCCCCCCCCCCCCCUUUGCUGCUAUAACAGGCUCCACUCAUCUGCUAAGGCUUUCCACCAGAACAUCUGCUGCAGGGACUUGCUUCCAUUCAGCCACAAGCAUUUGUGAGGUCGGGCACUGAUGUUGGGUGAUUAGGCCUGGCUCGCAGUCUGCGUUCCAAUUCAUCCCAAAGGUAUUCGAUGUGGUUGUGGUCAGGGCUCUGUGCAGGCCAGUCAAGUUCUUUCACACCGGUCUCGACAAACCAUUUCAUGCUGAAACAGGAAAGGGCCUUCCCCAAACUGUUGCCACAAAGUUGGAAGCACAGAAUCAUCUAGAAUGUCAUUGUAUGCUGUAGCGUUAAAGAUUUCCAUUCACUGGAACUAAGGUGCCUUGCCCGAACCAUGAAAAACUGCCCCAGACCAUUAAUCCUCCUCCACCAAACUUUACAGUUGGCACUAUGCAUUCGGGCAGGUAGCGUUCUCCUGGCGUCCGCCAAACCCAGAUUAGUCCGUCAGACUGCCAGAUGGUGAGGCGUGAUUUAUCACUCCAGAGAACGCGUUUCCACUGCCCCAGAGUCCAAUGGCGGUGAGCUUUACACCUCUCCAGUCGACGCUUGGCAUUGUGUAUGGCUUGUGUGUGGCUGCUCGGCCAUCGAAACCCAUUUCAUGAAGCUCCCGACGAACAGUUCUUGUGCUGACGUUGCUUCCAGGGGCAGUUUGGAAGUCGGUCAUGAGUGUUGCAACAGAAGACAGACAAUUGUUACGCGCUUCAGCACUCGGUGGUCACGUUCUGUGAGCUUGUGUGGCCUACCACUUCGAGGCUGAGCCAUUGUUGCUCCUAGACAUUUCCACUUGACAAUAACAGCACUUACAGUUGACCGUGACCGCUCUAGCAGGGCAGAAAUUUGACAAACUGACUUGUUGGAAAGGUGGCAUCCUAUGACGGUGCCACGUUGAAAGUCACUGAGCUCUUCAGUAAAGCCAUUCUACUGCCAAUGUUUGUCUAUGGAGAUUGCUUGGCUGUGUGCUCGAUUUUAUACACCUGUCAGCAAUGGGUGUGACUGAAGUAGCUGAAGCCACUAAUUUGAGGUGGUGUCCACAUACUUUUGUGUGUGUGUACAUACUACUUGCGCUUCGCGGAGCAGUGCAGAGCUGUUGUAAAGGAAGUUGUCAAGGAAGUGAGUUUUUGUUUAUAAAGGACUUACUGCCCCCACCUACCCGUCAACCAAUCAUGUCAAUGCGGUGCUAUACGGAGCCCUCCGCAUUGUUAAAAUAUUUGGUACAGAGCUCAAUUUGGCCUCUGCAGGCCUCCAGAGGCUCCGCAAUUGCGUCAGACCCUCUAUACGGUGAUUCUGACCACGAUUACGGAUCAAGCAUAAAUUGGCUUUAAUCUGAACCCUUUAAUAUACAGGGUGUACUGUGUUGGAUACAGUACACCCAAUUACGGUAGUAUGGUAGUCAUGCAGCUGCUCUGCUUACACCUUUUGUAAAAGCCAGAGACUGAAGGGUUGCUCUGACCCUCUCCUGUGAUUGGCAGCUAUCCCUUUUCACUCAAACAUCUAACAAUCCGCUGCUCUCAUGUUGACUCGGUGAUCUGACGCAAAAUAGUCCCGGCAGGUAGCCUGGCGAGUAGGGCUGUUGGGCCAGUAACUGAAAGGUUACUGGCUGACAAGGUAAAAAUCUGUCGCCCCAGGCGCCGACGACGUGGAUUUCGAUUUAAGGCAGCCCCCCGCACAUCUCUGAUUCAGAGGGGUUGGGUUAAAUGCGGAAGACACAUUUCAGUUUAAUGCAUUCAGUUGUACAACGGACUAGGUAUCCCCCUUUCCUUACUGUUUGUAGGUCCAUCUGAACACAGACAUUAUGACUCAACAACCACUCCUGGACCUGAAUCCAAAAGGACAGUACCAAAAGAAAUGAUCUUUUGAUUCUGUUUCUGCAUAGUCUGCACAGGGCUGACUGUUCAAUGCCCCAUAAAUUGAGCUUAUUUUUAUGGUGAGAAUUUUAUAUAAUAGCUUAAAUUGAAAAUAAUGGAUUGACGUGUCAAUUGUUUUGUAUAUCAGCUCAUAAACCCAAUGCCAUGGUAUUGGGACAUCAAAAAUCUGUUCCCUUAUAAAUCUGUCCCCUUGUAAAUUAUGUGCACCCAUUGAUUCUUAAAGAAUAUAACAUAUAAAUGCCCCCUGAGCUUAGUUCAACUGUCAUACCCCAUCAGAACCCAAAAUAUAAGCUUGUUUUAUUCCAGUGUUUAGAAAGCAACAUUAUAAUAAUAUUAUUAUUAUUAUUAACCCCUUUCCUUAUUAAAUCUUACUUCCUCCCCUCCCCCUGCUAGACCCCCUUCUGGGCUUUGACACACUUCACAUUUAUUUUCUUUCUCUGACAUUAAAACAAUCCCUUCAAGGCUUUUGAGUCUCCCACUCUGUCGUUCUACUUCAUUUUUUUUUUAUUUAUGAAAGAGACUUCCUACACAUGAUGCUGAUUGGGAUUUGCUGAGUCACAUGGGAGAGGGAGAGAAACUGAGGGAGAGAAACGAAUGAAAUUAGCUCUGGAAGUGAGUGUAGGGAUUGCUAAGUUACCGCUGAUACAGAGAGUGAGACAUGGAUAGAAAUUGAGAGUUUAGGGUCUAAUUCAGUGAGGGAUCAUAAAGUAUGGAGGGAUGGAAAGAGUGAUGGAGACAGUAGGGCAUGUUGGUAUUCCGUUGUGCCAGAGCAGAGCGCAGAACAGGGCUGGUUAGUCACCAGCAGCGAGUCACAGCCCAGCACUGCAACACACACUAGAAUGUAGGCCAAGGGAAUCUCCUCCCUCCCUCCCUCCUACCACUGACUCACAUGCCGACCGGCUGUGUGUGUGUCUUUCCCACUCUUGUCAACACCAGUGUGUCCGUCUGCUCCUCAUCUUUGUGUGUUUCAAUGUAGCCUAGGUGCGUUACAGUUGGUGUGUCUCUUAGUGCUUUUUGAGGUCGGUUCGAUUAUAAAAAUAAAAAAAAUUGCGGUGUUGUGUUUCAAUAUCAUUUUAAAAAACAUUAAAUGCACUGUGCAUCAUGUGGGUUGAAUUCUGUAACAACACAUAAUAAAACAAUGAAAGUCCCAUGAUGGUAGUGACUGCCCAUUACUGCUUAUCACUUAUUAACUGUAAUUUAUUUACAUUACUUUAAUAAAAUAUUUCAGUUGUGUACAUUGCAUUUUACUUUCAUUCCAAGUCAUCUCAAUAGAGCUGCUGCCUAUGCAGUCUGACAAAAUCACUAUUUUAGUAGUUCUUCAAAGUAAAAAGGCAUACUUUUAUGACUGCCGAAUACCAACUAUCAAUCAUUUAGAUAAUCUAUUUUCAGGUAGAGAUACCUCGCGAAGCAACUGCUCUCUAUCCCUGUCGAUCGUGCAUUCUUCUCUCUCUGUGUCGGCCCCACGCUAAAAUAACAUGGCAGGCAUAAAAUAAAGAAGUAAUUGAACCGACAUGUUAUAAAAAGCCUAAAUACACUAUAUAUACAAAAGUAUAUGGACACCCCUUCAAUUAGUGGAUUAGGCUGUUUUCAGCCACACCCAUUGCUGACGGGUGUAUAAAAUCGAGCACACAGCCCUGCAGUCUCAUAGAUAAACAUUGGCAGUAGAAUGGCCUUACUGAAGAGCUCAGUGACUUUUAACAUGACACCGUCAUAGGAUGCUACCUUUCCAACAAAUCAGUUCAUCAAAUUUCUGCCCUGCUGGAGCUGCCCUGGUCAACUGUAAGUGCUGUUGUUGUGAAGUGGAAACGUCUAGGCGCAACAACGGCUCAGCCGCGAAGUGGUAGGCCACACAAGCUCACAGAACGGGACCGCUGAAGCGUGUAAAAAUCGUCUGUCCUCGGUUUCAACACUCCCUAUCGAGUUCCAAAAGGCCUCCGGAAGCAACGUCAGCACAAUAACUGUUUGUUGGGAGCUUUUAUGAAAUGGGUUUCCAUGGCCGAGCAGCCGCACACAAACCUAAGAUCACCAUGCACCAAUGCCAAGCGUCGGCUGGAGUGGUGUAAAGCUCGCCGCCAUUGGACUGGAGCAGUGGAAACGCGUUCUCGAUGCGACGGCGCACGCAGAGACCUGGCCGUGUGGUGCCAAGACAACAACCUCCCCCCUCAACGUGAUCAAGACAAAGGAGAUGAUUGUGGACUACAGGAAAAAGAAGAGGACCGAGCACGGGGCUGUAGUGGAACAGGUUGAGAGCUUCAAGUUCCUUGGUGUCCACAUCACCAACAAACUAACAUGGUCCAAGCACACCAAGACAGUCGUGAAGAGGGCACGACGAAACCUAUUCCCCCUAAGGAGACUGAAAAGAUUUGGCAUGGGUCCUCAGAUCCUCAAAAGGUUCUACAGCUGCACCAUCGAGAGCAUCCUGACUGGUUGCGUCACUGCCUGGUAUGGCAACUGCUCGGCCUCCGACCGCAAGACACUACAAAUGGUAGUGCGUACGGCCCAGUACAUCACUGGGGCCAAGCUUCCUACCAUCCAGGACCUCCAUACCAGGCGGUGUCAGAGGAAGACCCUAAAAAUUGUCAGACUCCAGCCACCCUAGUCAUAGACUGUUCUCUCUGCUACCGCACGGCAAGCGGUACCGGAGCGCCAAGUCUAGGUCCAAGAGGCUUCUAAACAGCUUCUACCCCCAAGCCAUAAGACUCCUGAACAUCUUAUCAAAUGGCUACCCAGACUAUUUGCAUUGCCCCCCCACCCCUCUUUUACACUGCUGCUACUCUGUUUAUUAUCUAUCACUUUAAUAACUCUACCUACAUUUUACAUUUUAGUCAUUUAGCAGACGCUCUUAUCCAGAGCGACUUAGUUAGUGAGUGCAUACAAUUGUUUAAAAAAAUAAAUAAAUGUAUACUACAUAUUUCCUCGACUGACCGGUGCCCCCACACAUUGACUUGGUACCGGUACCCCCUGUAUAUAGCAUCGCUAUUGUUAUUUUUACUGCUGCUAUUUAAUUAUUUGUUACUUUUUUUUAUUUUCGUAUUAUUUUAUAUAUUGUGUAUAUGUAUAAAACAUUUUUUUGGGGGGGUAUUCUUAACUGCAUUGUUGGUUAAGGGCUUGUAAGUAAGCAUUUCACUGUAAGGUCUACACCUGUUGUAUUCGGCGCAUGUGACAAAUAACAUUUGAUUUGAUGAAUCACGCUUCACCAUCUGGCAGUCCGUCGGACGAAUCUGGGGUUUGCGGAUGCCAGGAGAACACUACCUGCCCCAAUGCAUAGUGCCAACUGUAAAGUUUGGUGGAGGAGGAAUAAUGGUCUGGGGCUGUUUUUCAUGGUUUGGGCUAGGCCCCUUAGUUCCAGUGAAGUGAAAUCUUUAACACUACAGCAUACAAUAAUAUUCUAGACGAUUCUGUGCUUCCAACUUUGUGGCAACAGUUUGGGGAAGGCCCUUUCCUGUUUCAGCAUGGCAACGCCCCCCCGUGCACAAAGCGAGGUCCAUACAGAAAUUGUUUUUCGAGAUCGGUGUGUAAGAACUUGAGUGGCCUGCACAGAGCCCUGACCUCAACCCCAUCGAACACCUUUGGGAUGAGUUGGCAUUGUUCCAACAUCUAGUGGAACGCCUUCACAGAAGAGUGGAGGCUGUUAUAGCAGCGAAGGGGGGACCAACUCCAUAUUAAUGCCCAUGAUUUUGGAAUGAGAUGUUUGACGAGCAGGUGUCGACGUACUUUUGGUAAUGAAAGUUCAGGAUUAAAAAUGUGCUUUACAAGUCACAUAAGUUGCAUGGACUCACUCAGUGUGCUAUAAUAGUGUUUACCAUGAUUUUUAAAUGACUACCUCAUCUCUGCACCCCACACAUCUGUCAGGUCUCUCAGUCGAGCAGUGAAUUUCAAGCACAGACGCAAGGCUCUUAGACUCACAGCUGUAAUCACUGCCUAAGGUGAUUCUAACAUGUAUUGACUCAGGGGGUUGAAUACUGAUCUAAUCAAGAUGCAGUAUAUUAGUGUUAAAAACAUUAAUCCACUUUGACAUAGUAUUUUGUGUAGAUAGUGGACAACAAAUCCAUUUUAAUCUCACUUUGUAACAACAAAAAGUGGAAAAGGUCAACGGGUGUGGAUACUUUAUGAAGGCACUGUAGGUUAAGUUGAGUAACCUUUAUAGGGGACAUCUCCAUAGCGACACAGGGUUUGUACUUUGUACCCCAGAUGUCUCUGGACAGACAGACUCAGGUCCCAGAGAUGACACUGACACAUGUACACACACAUUCUAGGGAUGCGAGGGUCAGCCGUUUUCCGACCGAUAUCCAGCUUGCAGUUAAGUGUUGGUGUUGUAUGAGUUAGUGCUACUCUGUCGCAUAUUUCAGGAUUCAUCAAUGUGUUAGUUUAUUCUUUAAUCUCUCUUUCUCUUCCGUCAGAACAAACGAGACGAGCAUCUACUGAAGAAGAGGAACGUCCCACCGGAGGAGAGUCUGGAGGACUCAGACUUAGACUCAGACUUCAAAGGGGUGUGUGUGAGAUGUCACUUUAGCAACUCAUUUGCCAUUGCGCUGGGCUGGCUAUCUCUGAGACGAGAGACUUGUUCCAGAUGGAAAUGUACUGCCUAGAUUAUCUGUCAGGUAGGACCAGCCGGACAGGUGUGGCCAACCCUCCUGGAGUUGGAUUGACAUUAGACAUUGUGUCCGCUCUAUACAAUACAUUUCUAUGUGUGAUGUUGUAAUCUAGACAUGCGUCUUAACCCCCUGGUCUCCCCAUGGCCUCCCUAUGGUUUGUAUGAUGUAUGGGGCUCCACAGUGGGAUUUUAAUGGUGAAUUCAGAGAAGCAUUUUCACCCUGCUGACUGGAGACCUGUCACUGAGCUAAUGAAAUGAGAUGAGGAAUAGGGUCUGGCUGGGAUUAGCUGCUACCAGGUGAUGUGUAAGCAUGACAUUCUCAGCCUGUGAGCUCACACGGCCUCAACCAGCCGGUCAACACACCAACUUGGCAGCAGCCACAGAGAAAACAGCACUCUAAAAACACUGCCGUGUAGAGGGAGCCAGAGAGUGUGUGUCUCCUCAGAAUGAUCCUGCUGCCAUUCAAUAUUCAGUUAAAUCGAUGUGUAUAUGUGAAUUGUAUCCCCUCCCCCAUUUUGUUUAUCUGUAACCUGGUACUGAUGUUGUCCCUUCCCUCUCUUUACAGCAAAACAUCACACUAGAAGCCAUCUUACAGGUAAGCCUCAACUUCAAGUACGCACAUGUUGUCUACUCCUUAACUAAAAAAAACAUUAUCUCGUUCCUUCUCUCCCUCAUCCUCUGUGAGAGUGUGGUGCUGUAAUGUGCUCUCUCAUUCUCUCUCUAUCGCUGAAGAAUGCCACCAGUGAUAACGCCGUGGUCCAGCUCAAUGCCGUACAGGCUGCCAGGUAAGAGUGUGUACACAUUUUACUAUACUUGUGAGUAUCAGAAGUCCUCACAAGAUUACUAAACCAACUACAACUCAGAAGUGAGGACAUUCUGCCGGUCCUCACUUGUAAAAAUGGCUACUUAAGGAGUAGGGAUUAAGUGUUAAAAUUGAGGUUAGGGUAAAUAGGAUUUUGAAUGGGAAUCGAUUGUUGGUUCCCAGAAAGUCCUCAAGUGUAGUAAGACGUGUGAUCACCAUGUCCUUCUCUCUGCUUUGUAUCUCUCAAACCCUGUUUUCUAUUCCAUGACUGAAACAUAACACUUCCUGUUUUUGUGUCCGUCAGAAAACUCCUCUCCAGUGACAGAAAUCCUCCCAUUGAUGACUUGAUAAAGUCAGGCAUCCUGCCCAUCCUAGUCAAAUGCCUGGAGAGAGAUGACAAGUGAGUCUGCUGCUGCAUCAGCCCAAUGUCCUCCCUUGGACUAUCUCUACUAUUGCACUGUUGGGACAUUUACUGGGAGGGAAUCCUGUAGUCUGACAUGUGUAAUGGCUUGGAGAUAUGAUGCAGAUAAGCUGUGUGUGUGGCAGGCACAGGACAGUCCCUUGGCCCUUUUGUCUGGAGCCAACCCAAAUAAAAAAAAUCCCCAUUCCCAGGACCUUGUGUUCCGGGCAACACACACACACACACACACACACACAGGACCUUGUGGUCAGGAAGGGAGACAGACAAACACCCAGGACAGUAGGGGGCUUGAGGGGAGUUUGGGUGGUCGCCAUAGUGAUGUGUUGUGGCUGCACAGCUGUAAGGGUGACCACCACUGCAGUCUGUCAGGAGGAAGAUAUUAGUGGAAGGCCUCUCAUUCUUUCUCACUCUCUCCCCCUCCUUUCUCUCCUCUAGUCCAUCUCUCCAGUUCGAGGCAGCCUGGGCCCUGACCAACAUAGCGUCUGGCACCUCACAACAGACCCAGGCUGUGGUCAAAUCCAGUAAGUUCAACAGCUCACCCAGCGGUCGGUCACUCUGCCCUGCUCUUAUUCUGACUGUCUGGGGUCGGUCGGUCACUCUGCCCUGCUCUUAUUCUGACUGUCUGGGGUCGGUCACUGUUUCUGUUAUGUUAUAUUUGUGUGUGAAAUUGAUCUGUCAAUUUCUAACUCUGUGUGUGUACGUACAGAUGCUGUUCCCCUGUUCCUGCGGCUUCUUCACUCUCCCCAUCAGAAUGUUUGUGAGCAGGCUGUAUGGGCUGUAGGUAACAUCAUAGGUGAGUAAAGAGAGACUCACAUGCUGACCACACCGGGCAUGCGCAUGUUGAUUUUGUCCAAUCACACCAGACGCAAUCAGGACACGCAGGUUGAAAUAUCAAAACGAACUCUGAACCAUCUAUAUUAAUUUGGGGACAAGUUGAAAUGCAUGAAACAUUCAUGGACAUUUAGCUUGCUGUUGCUAGCUAAUUUGUCCUGGGAUAUAAACAUUGGGUUGUUAUUUUACCUGAAAUGCACAAGGUCCUUUUUUUUCUGGAUCUUUGUAGAAUUUUGACCCAUUUUGAGUCACAAAAUCGUGUGUUCUCCACUCCGACAAUUAAUCCACCGAUAAAAGGAGAAACCUAGUUAAUUUCUAGUAAUCUCUCCUCCUUCAGUCGUCUUCUGUGGACUUUAGAUUGUGGUUGGUAACCAACUUUAAGGUGCAUUACCACCACCAACUGGACUGGAGUGUGGACUUCAGUUCAUCUUUCAAUCACCCAUGUGGGUGUAUGCUCCUAAAAACCAAUGAGGAGAUGGGAGAGGCGGGACUUGCAGUGCGUCAAGCGUCACAAAUAGAACCAAGUUCUAUUUUAGCACCUGGCUACGCAGACGCUCGUUGACGCACGAGCAGUUUGGAUGAAAUGAUUGAAUAACAUGUGUACAUUUAUUUAGCCACACUCUUGCACGUAACGCGAGUGGUGUGGUCAGCAUGUCAGCGAAAUGACGUUGCCAUGACCUAAUCAGUUGACUUGACCAGGAAAAACGCUGUACCCUAAUGAUGACCCCUGACCUUUAACCUGUGACGCUCCUCCCGCAGGAGAUGGGCCACAGUGCAGGGAUUAUGUCAUCUCCCUGGGUGUGGUCAAGCCCCUGCUGUCCUUUAUCAACCCCUCCAUCCCCAUCACUUUCCUCCGCAACGUCACCUGGGUCAUCGUCAACCUCUGUCGCAACAAGGACCCACCACCCCCCAUGGAUACAGUACAGGAGGUAGGUAGGUGUGGGUACCGUGUGUGUUUUGUGUGAGCAGUGUUCUAGUGGGCCUCUCCAGCCAGUCAGCCAAAUGACACUUAUCACUAGGAGGAAUGUUUAGCUACAGAACUUACAUGGCCACAUUUUCCAGUCUGCUUUUGAAGCCUCAUCUUUUCCUCUCCACCUCAAACUGUUUUCUCCUUCCCAGAUUCUCCCAGCGCUGUGUGUUCUUCUAUACCACACAGAUAUAAAUGUAAGUAUAUGUUCAUUACCCCUAAAUGGUACAGUUGGCAGACCAUCAUUUUGACAUCAGCAGCUCAAAUAAAACAACACUUAUUGGACUCCUUGAUGACGUGUGUGUGUGUGUGUAGAUCCUGGUGGACACGGUGUGGGCUCUGUCCUACCUGACAGACGGUGGGAACGAGCAAAUUCAGAUGGUGAUAGACUCUGGCGUGGUCCCCUUCCUCGUCCCUCUGCUCAGCCACCAGGAGGUCAAAGUUCAGGUAAGAGGGCUCAACAGGGGGCACCAUAGAAUUGGGAACAAUUACCAUGGUAACUGAUACAAUUCAGACUUGGACCCGAACACACUGUGGUACAGAUGGUGUGCAUCAUUUCCCUCUUUCCUUGAAAGAAUCAUUGAUUGGAUUGGUAAAAGCAACAAGUAUGGAAACCUUGGCUUUACUGAUCACGAGGGCUAGGAGUAUUUUAGUAAAACUGCAGCCAUAUGUUCAAGAAAAAGUCCUAGCUCUACUUACAACAUACAGAUCAAUGAUCAUUUCAAGGAUGGGAGAAAACAAUGCAUUUUAUAAGUAGUAAAUCAGGGUGUUUUUUGUAUUUUCUGAUGUGUUGACAUUGUGGGUCUUGACUUGCUGUGACAUCACUUCCUGCAGACUGCUGCUCUGAGGGCAGUGGGGAACAUUGUGACGGGGACAGACGAGCAGACGCAAGGGGUUCUCAACUGUGACGUCCUCUCCCACUUCCCCAACCUGCUUACACACCCCAAAGAGAAGAUCAACAAGGUAGCACACACACACUCUCCCGGAGAGGGAACAGGAAGGGCAAGGGACAUGGGGAGGAGGAGGGGAGAAGCUAAUGUCCAGGCUUUUCUAUGAUUGGCCUGCUAAUAGGAAACUUUUUGGUUUGACUGUGUGUGAUUGGACUGUUAAUAGGAAGUGUUGUGGCAUAACUGUCUGUGAUUGGUUCGUCUACAGGAAGCAGUGUGGUUCCUGUCCAAUAUCACGGCUGGUAACCAGCAGCAGGUUCAGGCUGUGAUCGAUGCAGGACUCAUCCCCCUGAUUAUCCACCAGCUGGCCAAGGUGAGAGAGCUGUGGUGUGUGUCGGCAUCCGUCUGUAGCGUAGCCAGACGUGUUAUUUGGGUGGGCCAUCAAAAAAAAAAACUUUCUACACUAACUGCACAUUUUGCCAUGGGGCAAAGAGAAAAAUGUGCUGUUAUCUAGCUAAUCUCAUGCUAUUCUACACCUUUUGCCAUGAGGCUGAGAGAAAAUGUUACUGUUUUUAAAGCAGAUUUCUGGCAAUUCUACACUUUGUCAUGGGGCAGAGAGGAAAAACUGUAGUUGUGUAGCUAAUCUCAUUAGUGUUGCACGGUACCACGGUACUCUCGCCUGUUAUAAAAUGUUUAUUAAGUCAGUUUUGUUUAUAAACUAUUUGAAUUUUUUAAGCAACAGUAACAAUUCGCUUGUAUGCGCCAGUCCAAUAAUGUCAGCGGAUCACGUGUGGCAGCUGUAAUCAGCCAGCCAUAUCCAAUUCCAGCCAUCACUCACCUGCUUCUCUCUGUCUGCUCAUCCUGCAUCAGUUUAUAAAAUGUAAUUUAGCCAUGAUGUCGAGGGGGGAUGCAGACCCUAAUCAGUAUUCUGUUACAUUUGUAAUAAUAAUUUGUACAUUUGAUACAUUGGAGCAGCGUGCAGAGUGAGCAAAGUUGAUACACUGAAUCAUUUCAUCCCUGGUAUAACCAAGAGCACAGGCCAGUCUGAGUAGGCCUUGCAAGUUCGCUGUCACGCAGCAGUGCCAGAGAGGAAAAAUUGUUUCGCAACAAGCAUGCAGCUUUACAGCAAAGAAACCGGCUUGUCUCUAGCUCAAACGGGUUUAAAAAAAUGUUUUUUUUUCUGCGCGAUGUCGCGCACAUUUGAUAUAAUUUCACAAACCAUGUCACUGGCCGAUUUAAACUAAUACCGGAUUUUGCAUUUUUAAAGCUUCUUUUUUUGUGUGUGUGUAUUAGGGGAGAGGCGUUGUGCCGUGAGGUGUUGCUUUAUGUUUUUUUUAAACCAGGUUUGCUGUUCAUUUGAACAAUAUGAGAUGGAACGAAAUUCCAUGCAAUAAUGGCUCUAUAUAAUACUGUACGCUUUCUUGAAUUUGUUCUGGAUUUGGGGACUGUGAAAAGACAUCUGGUGGGGUAAGUUUGUAAGUUGCAAACAAUUUAGAAUUUUCAAUACAUUGUUUCUUAUAAAAAUAAGUGAUGCAGUCAGUCUCUCCUAAACUCUCAGCCAAGAGAGACUGGCAUGCAUAGUAUUUAUAUCAGCCCUCUGAUUACAAUGAAGAGCAAGACGUGCCCCUCUGUUUUGGGCCAGCUGUGGCUUAACUAGGUCUUUCUUUGCAGCACUGGACCACACGACUGGACAAUAAUCAAGAUUAGACUAAACUAGAGCCUGCAGGACUUGCUUUUUGGAGUGUGGUGUCAAAAAAGUAGAGCAUCUCUUUAUUACGGACAGACCUCUCCCCAUCUUUUACAACUGUUUAACUUUUUUGUUUGGAUCCCGCGACAUAGUUGGCAUCAGUUGCUGGGAUUGCUAGUCUCUGUCCAGUGAUCCUGCCGACCAAGGACGGGUCUGAGGAGCUAUUUGGCGUUGCAGCUAGCCUAGCUGCUAGCUAGCAGCAUAUCAAGCUAGCAGGGUUUUCUAGUUGAGGGCUUAAACGCAGCCCGCGACGCUGUAAGCCAUUGUGGCUGAGACCGCGGAUUGUCCUGGGUUUGUGGCUGUCUAGAUCCCUGCUGUUUGUUGUUUUCAAUCUUCCCUGUGACCUGCCCUGUCGAACUGCGAGGAGUAACAACGUAACCUACGUUGCUAGCUACCAUGACAAAGACCAAAGCUGGCGGGAGUACCGUUGUCGAGGACAGUGGUAUCUCUAUCACACGUGAAGGAUCUUUUAAACGAACAAAAAUAGUUCUACAAGCAGUUGUUACAACAAGAAAAUAGCUUCAAGUGCUUUGUCCAAAUACUGGUGGAUUCGACUAAUAAAAGAAUGGACGACCUGACCAGAGAGGUCCAGGGCCUAAAGAACAGUUUGCAGUUCUCCCAAGGUCAGCUCGAUGAGUUGAAACAGGAGAACGGCAAGAUUACAGCAAUCUGUAAGUCAUUGAGAGAGGACAUCAGUUCUGUGUGUGAAUCCAUGAUAACAAUGAUGGAUAAAUCUCAAGGGACAUUCAAGGUGUAACAACAUGGUUGUGGACGGAAUUGCAGAAUCUCCACAUUACAUUUUACAUUUACGUCAUUUAGCAGACGCUCUUAUCCAGAGCGACUUACAAAUUGGUGCAUUCACCUUAUAGCCAGUGGGAUAACCACUUUUAUAUAUAUAUAGAUAGAUAGAUAAUAUUUUUUUUCUUUCUUUGUGGUGGGGUAAGGGGGGGUAGAAGGAUUACUUUAUCCUAUCCCAGGUAUUCCUUAAAGAGGUGGGGUUUCAAGUGUCUCUGGAAGGUGGUGAGUGACUCCGCUGUCCUGGCGUCGUGAGGGAGCUUGUUCCACCAUUGGGGUGCCAGAGCAGCGAACGUAUUUGACUGGGCUGAGCGGGAACUGUGCUUCUGCAGAGGUAGGGGGGCCAGCAGGCCAGAGGUGGAUGAACGCAAUGCCCUCGUUUGGGUGUAGGGACUGAUCAGAGCCUGAAGGUACGGAGGUGCCGUUCCCCUCACAGCUCCGUAGGCAAGCACCAUGGUCUUGUAGCAGAUGCGAGCUUCAACUGGAAGCCAGUGGAGUGUGCGGAGGAGCAGGGUGACAUGAGAGAACUUGGGAAGGUUGAACACCAGACGGGCUGCAGCAUUCUGGAUGAGUUGUAGGGGUUUAAUGGCACAGGCAGGGAGCCCAGCCAACAGCGAGUUGCAGUAAUCCAGAUGGGAGAUGACAAGUGCCUGGAUUAGGACCUGUGCCGCUUCCUGUGUAAGGCAGGGUCGUACUCUCCGAAUGUUGUAGAGCAUGAACCUACAGGAUCGGGUCACCGCCUUGAUGUUAGCGGAGAACGACAGGGUGUUGUCCAGGGUCACGCCAAGGCUCUUCGCACUCUGGGAGGAGGACACAACGGAGUUGUCAACCGUGAUGGCGAGAUCAUGGAACGGGCAGUCCUUCCCCGGGAGGAAGAGCAGCUCCGUCUUGCCGAGGUUCAGCUUGAGGUGGUGAUCCGUCAUCCACACUGAUAUGUCUGCCAGACAUGCAGAGAUGCGAUUCGCCACCUGGUUAUCAGAAGGGGGAAAGGAGAAGAUUAGUUGUGUGUCGUCUGCGUAACAAUUAUAGGAGAGGCCAUGUGAGGAUAUGACAGAGCCAAGUGACUUGGUGUAUAGCGAGAAUAGGAGAGGGCCUAGAACUGAGCCCUGGGGGACACCAGUGGUGAGAGCACGUGGUGCGGAGACAGAUUCUCGCCACGCCACUUGGUAGGAGCGACCGGUCAGGUAGGACGCAAUCCAAGAGUGAGCCGCACCAGAGAUGCGCAACUCGGAGAGGGUGGAGAGGAGGAUCUGAUGGUUCACAGUAUCAAAGGCAGCAGACAGGUCUAGAAGGACAAGAGCAGAGGAGAGCGAGUUAGCUUUAGCAGUGCGGAGAGCCUCCGUGACACAGAGAAGAGCAGUCUCAGUUGAAUGACCAGUCUUGAAACCUGACUGGUUUGGAUCAAGAAAGUCAUUCUGAGAGAGAGAGCAAGAGAGUUGGCUAGAGAUGGCACGCUCAAGAGUUUUGGAGAGAAAAGAAAGAAGAGAUACUGGUCUGUAGUUGUUGACAUCGGAGGGAUCAAGUGUUGGUUUUUUGAGGAGGGGUGCAACUCUCGCUCUCUUGAAGACGGAAGGGACAUAGCCAGCGGGCUAUGAGUUGAUGAGCGAAGUGAGGUAAGGGAGAAGGUCACCGGAGAUGGUCUGGAGAAGAGAGGAGGGGAUAGGGUCAAGCGGGCAGGUUGUUGGGCGGCUGGCCGUCGCAAGAUUUCAUCUGGAGAGAGAGGGGAGAAGGAGGUCAAAGCAUAGGGUAGGGCAGUGUGAGCAGGACCAGCAGUGUCAUUUGACUUAACAAACGAGGAUCGGAUGUCGUCAACCUUCUUUUCAAAAUGGUUGACGAAGUCAUCCACAGAGAGGGGGGAGGGGGAGGAGGAUUCAGCAGGGAGGAGAAGGUGGCAAAUAGCUUCCUAGGGUUAGAGGCAGAUGCUUGGAAUUUAGUGGUAGAAAGUGGCUUUAGCAGCAGAAACAGAUGAAGAAAAUGUAGAGAGGAGGGAGUGAAAAGAUGCCAGGUCUGCAGGGAGUCUAGUUUUCCUCCAUUUCCGCUCGGCUGCCCGGAGCCCUGUUCCGUGAGUUCGCAAUGAGUCGUCAAACCACGGAGCAGGAGGGGAGGACCGAGCCAGCCGGGAGGAUAGGGGACAUAGAGAGUCACAGGAUGCAGAAAGGGAGGAGAGGAGGCAGAAUCAGGAGAUUGGAGGGAGAAGAAUUGAGCAGAGGGAAGAGAUGAUGGGAUGGAAGAGGAGAGAGUAGCGGGAGAGAGAGCGAAGGUUGCGACGGCGCAUUACCAUCUGAGUAGGGGCAGAGUGAGUAGUGUUGGAGGAGAGCGAGAGAGAAAAGGAUACAAAGUAGUGGUCGGAGACAUGGAGGGGAGUUGCAGUGAGAUUAGUAGAAGAACAGCAUCUAGUAAAGAUGAGGUCAAGCGUAUUGCCUGCCUUGUGAGUAGGGGGGGACGGUGAGAGGGUGAGGUCAAAAGAGGAGAGGAGUGGAAAGAAGGAGGCAGAGAGAAAUGAGUCAAAGGUAGACGUAGGGAGGUUGAAGUCACCCAGAACUGUGAGGGGUGAGCCAUCCUCAGGAAAGGAACUUAUCAAGGUGUCAAGCUCAUUGAUGAACUCUCCAAGGGAACCUGGAGGGCGAUAAAUGACAAGGAUGUUAAGCUUGAAUGGGCUAGUGACUGUGACAGCAUGGAAUUCAAAUGAGGAGAUCGACAGAUGGGUCAGGGGAAAAAGAGAGAAUGUCCACUUGGGAGGGAUGAGGAUUCCUGUGCCACCGCCGCGCUGACCAGAUGCUCUCGGGGUAUGCGAGAACACAUGAUCAGACGAGGAAAGAGCAGUAGGAGUAGUAGUGUUUUCUGUGGUAAUCCAUAUUUCCGUCAGCGCCAAGAAGUCGAGGGACUGGAGGGUGGCAUAGGCUAAGAUGAACUCUGCCUUGUUGGCCGCAGAACAGCAGUUCCACAGGCUACCGGAGACCUGGAACGCCACGUGGGUCGUGCGUGCAGGGACCACCAGAUUAGUGGCCGCAGCCACGCCGUGUGAAGCGUUUGUAUGGCCUUUGCGGAGAGAAGAGAACAGGGAUAGACAGACACAUAGUUGACAGGCUACAGAAAAGGCUACAAUAAUGCAAAGGAGAUUGGAAUGAAAUUAACUAAGCAUCUGGGAAAGCGAGAGAGCGGGGCCUCCCUCACGUUUCACUGAAACACUCAAAUAUAACUCUCCCAACUUCCACUUUAGAUUAAUAGACUUUAGUUAGUGUCUGGUCUAUUAGCGAUGUUACCAAACAGUAGUUCUGUCUCUUGCCUCUAGUUAGCGUCUGGUCUAUUAGCGAUGUUACCAACAGACUAGUUCUGUCUCAAACAAAAUCCGUAGACUGUACAGUUUAAACAGCUUGGAAAAUUCCAGAAAAUGAUGUCAUGGCUUUAGAAGCUUCUGAUAGACUAAUUGACAUAAUUUGAGUCAAUUGGAGGUGUACCUGUGGAUGUAUUUCAAGGCCUACCUUCAAACUCAGUGCCUCUUUGCUUGACAUAAUGGGAAAAUCAAAAGAAAUCAGCCAUGACCUCAGAAUAAACAUUGUAGACCUCCACAAGUCUGGUUAAUCCUUGGGAGUUAUUUCCAAACGCCUGAAGGUACCACGUUCAUCUGUACAAACAAUAGUACGCAAGUAUAAACACCACGGGACCACGCAGCCGUCAUACCGCUCAGGAAGGAUACGCGUUCUGUCUCCUAGAGAUUAACGUACUUUGGUGCGAAAAGUGCAUAUCAAUCCCAGAACAACAGCAAAGGACCUUGUGAAGAUGCUGGAGGAAACAGGUACAAAAGUAUCUACAGUUGAAGUCGGAAGUUUACAUACACCUUAGCAAAAAUACAUUUAUACUCAGUUUUUCACAAUUCUUGACAUUUAAUCCUAGUAAAAAUGCUCUGUUUUAGGUCAGUUAGGAUCACCACUUUAAGAAUGUGAAAUGUCAGAAUAAUAGUAGUGAUUUAUUUCAGCUUUUAUUUCUUUCAUCACAUUCCCAGUGGGUCAGAAGUUUACAUACACUCAAUUAGUAUUUGGUAGCAUUGCCUUUAAAUUGUUUAACUUGGGUCAAAUGUUUUGAGUAGCCUUCCACAAGCUUCUCACAAUAAGUUGGGUGAAUUUUGGCCCAUACCUCCUGACAGAGCUGGUGUAACUGAGUCAGGUUUGUAGGCCUCCUUGCUCGCACACGCCUUUUCAGUUCUGCCCACACAUUUUCUAUAGGAUUGAGGUCAGGGUUUUGUGAUGGCCACUCCAAUACCUUGACUUUGUUGUCCUUAAGCCAUUUUGCCACAACUUUGGAAGUAUGCUUGGGGUCACUGUCCAUUUGGAAGACCCAUUUGCGACCAAGCUUUAACUUCCUGACAGAUGUCUUGAUGUUGCUUCAAUAUAUCCACAUAAUUUUCCUUCCUCAUGAUGCCAUCUAUUUUGUGAAGUGCACCAGUCCCUUCUGCAGCAAAGCACCCCCACAGCAUGAUGCUGCCACCCCCGUGCUUCACGGUUGGGAUGGUGAUCUUUUCCUCCAAACAUAACAAUGGUCAUUAUGGCCAAACAAAUCUAUUUGUGUUUCAUCAGACCAGAGGACAUUUCUCCAAAAAGUAAGAUCUUUGGCCCCAUGUGCAGUUGCAAACAAUAGUCUGGCUUUUUUAUGGCGGUUUUGGAGCAGUGGCUUCUUCCUUGAUGAGCGGCCUUUCAGGUUGGCCCUCCUGUAGCUCAGUUGGUAGAGCAUGGCGUUUGCAACGCAAGGGUUGUGGCGUCGUUUCCCACGGGAGGCCAGUAUGAAAAAUGUAUGCACUCACGAAUUGUAAGUCGCUCCGGAUAAGAGCGUCUGCUAAAUGACUAAAAUGUAAAUGUGAAAAUAGGACUUGUUUUACUGUGGAUAUAGAUACUUUUGUACCUGUUUCCUCCAGCAUCUUCACAAGGUCCUUUGCUGUUGUUCUGUGAUUGAUUUGCACUUUUCGCACCAAAGUACGUUAAUCUCUAGGAGACAGAACGCGUCUCCUUCCUGAGCGGUAUGAUGGCUGCGUGGUCCCAUGGUGUUUAUACUUGCGUACUAUUGUUUGUACAGAUGAACGUGGUACCUUCAGGCAUUUGGAAAUUGCUCCCAAGGAUGAACCAGACUUGUGGAGGUCUACAAUUCUUUUUCUGAGGUCUUGGCUGAUUUUCUUUUGAUUUUCCUAUGUCAAGCAAGGAGGCACUGAGUUUGAAGGUAGGCCUUGAAAUUCAUCCACAGGUACACCUCCAAUUGACUCAAACAAUGUCAAUUAUCCUAUCAGAAGCUUCUAAAGCCAUGACAUCAUUUUCUGGAAUUUUCCAAGCUGUUUAAAGGCACAGUCAACUUGGUGUAUGUAAACUUCUGACCCACUGGAAUGUUGAUAUAGUGAAAUAAUCUGUCUGUAAACAAUUGUUGGAAAAAUUACUUGUCAUGCACAAAGUAGAUGUCCUAACCGACUUGCCAAAACUAUAGUUUGUUAACAAGACAUUUGUGGAGUGGUUGAAAAAUGAGUUUUAAUGACUCCAACCUAAGUGUAUUUAAACUUCCGACUUCAACUGUAUAUCCACAGUAAAAACGAGUCCUAUAUCGACAACUUGAAUGGCCGCUCAGCAAGGAAGAAGCAAUUGCUCCAAAACCGCCAUAAAAAAGCCAGACUACGGUUUGCAACUGCACAUGAGAACAAAGAUCGUACUUUUUGGAGAAAUGUCCUCUGGUCUGAUGAAACAAAAAUAGAACUGUUUGGCCAUAAUGACCAUUGUUAUGUUUGGAGGAAAAAGGGGAUGCUUGCAAGCCGAAGAACACCAUCCCAACCGUGAAGCACGGAGGUGGCAGCAUCAUGCACUUCACAAAAUAGAUGGCAUCAUAAGGAAGGAAAAUGAUGUGGAUAUAUUGAAGCAACAUCAAGACAUCAGUCAGGAAGUUAAAGCUUGGUCCCCAAGCAUACUUCCAAAGUUGUGGCAAAAUUGCUUAAGGACAACAAAGCCAAGGUAUUGGAGUGGCCAUCACAAAGCCCUGACCUCAAUCCUAUAGAAAAUUUGUGGGCUGAACUGAAAAAGCGUGUGCGAGCAAGGAGGCCUACAAACCUGACUCAGUUACACCAGCUCUGUCAGGAGGAAGGGGCCAAAAUUCACCCAACUUAUUGUGGGAAGCUUGUGGAAGGCUACCCCAAACGUUUGACCCAAGUUAAACAAUUUUAAAGGCAAUGCUACCAAAUACUAAUUGAGUGUAUGUAAACUUCUGACCCAUUUGGGAAUGUGAUUAAAUAAAUAAAAGCUGAAAUAAAUUAUUCUCCCUACUAUUAUUCUGACAUUUCACAUUCUUUAAAAUAAAGUGGUGAUCCUAACUGACCUAAGACAGGGGAUUUUUACUAGGAUUAAAUGUCAGGAAUUGUGAAGAACUGAGUUGAAAUAUAUUUGGCUAAGGUGUAUGUAAACUUCUGACUUCAACUGUAAAUAAUAAAUAAUCAACCAGUGCAGAUAUGAAUUGCCGUAGUCAAUUCAAUCAUCUUUUUCUUGCCAAGGUAGGAUUUACCCUCCGUCGUCCUCUUCCAAACCUCUCCUCUCCACUUUGAAUGACCUUUUCUUGACUGGCUGGCCAUUUCUCCUCCCCCUCGGUUGUGCCUCUACAAGCAAAAAUGUACUUAAGUACAUAUAACUCAUUACUUUUAGCGUGUUACUACCCACCUCUGCCCGUUUGGAACACUGACAAGUAGAGAUAAUAAAGGAUAUAUCUGAUUGGGUGGGCCUGGCUCCGCCGUACGUACAUGGCUGGUGUCUGUGUGAGCCUGAGAGAGAUUAUAUUCCUGUCAUUGCUGUGUAGUGAUAUGUUACGUAGUGCUGACAGCCUGUGUGUCUGCAGGGGGACUUUGGGACUCAGAAGGAGGCAGCAUGGGCCAUCAGCAACCUCACCAUCAGUGGCAGGAAAGACCAGGUGAGUCUUACACACACACACACACACACACACACUGCAACCUCUAUCAGCCAUAGGAGAGACUACUGACUUAGACAUGGACCGGUACGGGGCUGCACUGCCAUGCCAGGGCCUCUAGAGCUGGAGCAUUCAUACUAGUGAGUUUAUUAACUAGUCUAAUGCCAGUGACUGAACCUGCUUACACAAUCAUAAGUGUCAGCAGUUAUUUGUCAGAAAUGCUUACUGCUGUCUUUUCUGUGUGUAGGUGGAGUACCUGGUGCAGCAGAAUGUGGUCCCUCCGUUCUGCAGCCUGCUGUCAGUGAAGGACUCCCAGGUGGUCCAGGUGCUCCUAGACGGCCUCAAGAACGUCCUCAUCAUGGCCGGGGACGAGGCCAGCACCGUCACUGAGAUCAUAGAGGAGUGUGGAGGUGUGUGUGCCUGCAUAUUCUCAUGAUGGGUAGAGGAGGUACUGUAUGUCUGAAGUGAAUUGAUGCUUUCUGACUGUUCCUCCCUCUGAUCUGCUCAGGUCUGGAGAAGAUUGAGAAUCUGCAGCAACAUGAGAAUGAGGACAUCUACAAACUAGCCUUCGAGAUUAUUGACCAGUACUUCUCAGGCGACGAUGUGAGUUAGAAAUCACACACAGUCCAGGGUUUCCUUUAGGAAAAUGUGGCGCCAGACAUUUGACCUGAAGCAUUUUCAUUAACCCGACCCAUAUGCAUUGGGUGCGUAACCUGAUUAGGGCGUCCACCCACGGUGCUCAGAUUGACAAAUCACAUUUAGAUUAAGGUAAUUAAUCUUAACAGAACAUGCAACUCGAGGAUGCAACGGCGUGCGUCCUUACCGAAUUCCGAUGUGCACUUUGAAAAUGUUAGAAUAACUGUCCACAUUUUACUUUUCCUCAGCCAGUAGAAAAGUUGACCUAAUCUAUUGGUCAGCUUGUUCUCUACGAGAAAUAAAUAGCCUUUUCAAAACACUGUGACAGUUGUGGGAAGAUAGAUCCCAAAUUCAUCCAACCAGUAGGCCUAGGCUACAUAAAAUCCAAUAAAAAAAACUUAAAAAGCAAUAAGGCUGAUGCGACAGAUGAGAACACUUAGCUUAAAAUGUUGAUAAACUAUUUCUUCACAUUAUUAUAGCAAUGUGCACAAGGCAGUAGACUAUACACAAAUGUUUCUUUCACAAUGCAAUUAGCGGUAAAACACCGUUGUCAAAAGUGCACCGCACUUGUGAGCAGUUUCAUGUCACAGAGAUGACUAGGAUUGUGACAUUGGCCAUUGCCUACUGGACAAUGAAAGAAAGUUGAUUUGAAAACCAAAAGAACAUCAGUGAAAUAGGCUAGCCUACUGGUUUCAGUGGCAAAUUGAAGUAUUUUUAAAAUAAUUGCCUCCACGGAUAUGGUCGGAUUUUGGCUAGGCUACUUUGAAGCAAGGUGCUUCAUAAUAUGUAGUAAAAGGUUCUGGUUUCAAACAAUUAAAGCUGCAAUAUGUAACUUUUUGGGCGACCUGACCAAAUUCACAUAGAAACGUGAGUUAUAGAUCUGUCAUUCUCAUUGAAGAAAGUCUAAAAAGCAGAUCUGUUCUAUGUGUACUAUUUCUAUGCUUCCUGUUCUUUAAGUUUCAUUUUUGCGAUUUUUACUUUCGGUUUUGUACACCAGCUUCAAACAGCUGAAAAUACAAUAUUUUUGGUUAUGGAUAAGAUGCACUACAUUACCAAAAGUAUGUGGACACCUGCUCGUCAAACAUCUCAUUCCAAAAUCAUGGGCGUUAAUUUGAAGUUCGUCCCCCCCUUUGCUGCUAUAACAGCCUUCACUCUUCUGGGAAGGCGUUCCACUAGAUGUUGGAACAUUGCUGCGGGGACUUGCUUCCAUUCAGCCACGAGCAUUCGUGAGGUCGGGCAAUGAUGUUGGCCAAUUAGGAAUGGCUCGCGGUCGGCGUUCCAAUUCAUCCCAAAGGUGUUAGAUGGGGUCGAGGUCAGGGCUCUGUGCAGGCCAGUGAAAAGUCAAGUUCUUCCACACCGACCUACAGUGGGGGGGGGGGAAAGUAUUUAGUCAUCCACCAAUUGUGCAAGUUCUCCCACUUAAAAAGAUGAGAGAGGCCUGUAAUUUUCAUCAUAGGUACACGUCAACUAUGACAGACAAAUUGAGAGAAAAAAUCCAGAAAAUCACAUUGUAGGAUUUUUAAUGAAUUUAUUUGCAAAUUAUGGUGGAAAAUAAGUAUUUGGUCUCCUACAAACAAGCAAGAUUUCUGACUCUCACAGACCUGUAACUUCUUCUUUGAGGCUCCUCUGUCCUCCACUCGUUACCUGUAUUAAUGGCACCUGUUUGAACUUGUUAUCAGUAUAAAAGACACCUGUCCACAACCUCAAACAGUCACACUCCAAACUCCACUAUGGCCAAGACCAAAGAGCUGUCAAAGGAUACCAGAAACAAAAUUGUAGACCUGCACCAGGCUGGGAAGACUGAAUCUGCAAUAGGUAAGCAGCUUGGUUUGAAGAAAUCAACUGUGGGAGCAAUUAUUAGGAAAUGGAAGACAUACAAGACCACUGAUAAUCUCCCUCGAUCUGGGGCUCCACGCAAGAUCUCACCCGUGGGGUCAAAAUGAUCACAAGAACGGUGAGCAAAAAUCCCAGAACCACACGGGGGACCUAGUGAAUGACCUGCAGAGAGCUGGGACCAAAGUAACAAAGCCUACCAUCAGUAACACACUACGCCGCCAGGGACUCAAAUCCUGCAGUGCUAGACGUGUCCCCCUGCUUAAGCCAGUACAUGUCCAGGCCCGUCUGAAGUUUGCUAGAGUGCAUUUGGAUGAUGAUCCAGAAGAGGAUUGGGAGAAUGUCAUAUGGUCAGAUGAAACCAAAAUAUAACUUUUUGGUAAAAACUCAACUCGUCGUGUUUGGAGGACAAAGAAUGCUGAGUUGCAUCCAAAGAACACCAUACCUACUGUGAAGCAUGGGGGUGGAAACAUCAUGCUUUGGGGCUGUUUUUCUGCAAAGGGACCAGGACGACUGAUCCGUGUAAAGGAAAGAAUGAAUGGGGCCAUGUAUCGUGAGAUUUUGAGUGAAAACCUCCUUCCAUCAGCAAGGGAAUUGAAGAUGAAACGUGGCUGGGUCUUUCAGCAUGACAAUGAUCCCAAACACACCGCCCGGACAACGAAGGAGUGGCUUCGUAAGAAGCAUUUCAAGGUCCUGGAGUGGCCUAGCCAGUCUCCAGAUCUCAACCCCAUAGAAAAUCUUUGGAGGGAGUUGAAAGUCCGUGUUGCCCAGCGACAGCCCCAAAACAUCACUGCUCUAGAGGAGAUCUGCAUGGAGGAAUGGGCCAAAAUACCAGCAACAGUGUGUGAAAACCUUGUGAAGACUUACAGAAAACGUUUCACCUGUGUCAUUGCCAACAAAGGGUAUAUAACAAAGUAUUGAGAAACUUUUGUUAUUGACCAAAUACUUAUUUUCCACCAUAAUUUGCAAAUAAAUUCAUAAAAAAUCCUACAAUGUGAUUUUCUGGAUUUUUUUUCUCAUUUUGUCUGUCAUAGUUGACAUGUACCUAUGAUGAAAAUUACAGGCCUCAUCUUUUUAAGUGGGAGAACUUGCACAAUUGGUGGCUGACUAAAUACUUUUUUCCCCCACUGUAGAUGCCAUUUCUGUAUGGACCUCACUUUGUGCACGGGGUCAUUGUCAUGCUGAAACAGGAAAGGGCCUUCCCCAAACUGUUGCCACAAAGUUGGAAGCACAGAAUCGUCUAGAAUGUAAUUGUAUAAUGUAGCAUUAAGAUUUCCCUUCACUGGAACUAAGGGGCCUUGCCUGAACCAUGAAAAACAGCCCCAGACCAUUAUUCCUCCUCCACCAAAGUGUACAGUUAGCGCUAUGCAUUCGGGCAGGUAGCGUUCUCCUGGCAUCCGCCAAACCCAGAUUUGUCCAUCAGACUGCCAGAUGAUGAAGCGCGAUUCAUCACUCCAUUGAACGCGUUCCCACUGCUCCAGAGUCCAAUGGCGGCAAGCUUUGCAGCACUCCAGCCAACGCUUGGCAUUGUGCAUGGUGAUCUUAUGCUUGUGUGUGCGGCUUCUUGGCAAUGGAAACCCAUUUCAUGAAGCUCCCGACGAACAGUUAUUGUGCUGAAGUUGCUUCCAGAUGCAGUUUGGACCUCGGUAGUGAGUGUUGAAACUGAGGACUGACAUUUUUACGCACUUCAGCACUCAGUGGUCCCGUUGUGUCAGCAAUGGGUGUAGCUGAAAUAGCCGAAUCCACUCAUUUGUGUCCACUUACUUUUGUGUGUAUAUAGUGCAUUUCACAGCAGUUUUAAAUGGUACAAUGAUUCUCUACACUAUACUUGCUUGCUUUGUGACAUAAACUGAAGUUAGGAAGGCUAUUUGAAUUUUAGCAACCAGGAAAUGGCGGAGCGAUUUCUGCGUAGUGCAUCUUUUUUAAGGAUAUGUUUUCAAAAUGCAUACUGUCCCCAGCUCACUGCAAAGUGAUGUGAUGCGCUGAAGCCUGCCUACCGUUGCCAGCUUCUGGAAUUGUGUACAGAUCCUUGCGACGUGGGGCCGUGCAUUAUCAUGCUGAAACGUGGUGGCAGCAGAUGAGUGGCACGACAAUGGGCCUCAGGAUCUCGUCACGGUAUCUCUGUGCAUUCAAAUUGCCAUCGAUAAAAUGCAAUUGUAUUUGUUGUCCGUAGCUUAUGCCAGCCCUAACCCCAUCGCCACCAUGGGGCACUCUGUUCACAACGCUGACAUCAGCAAACCGCUUGCCCACACGUGGUCUGCGGUUGUGAGGCCGGUUGGACGUAAUGCCACAUUUUCUAAAAUGAUGUUGGCUUAUGGUAGAGAAAUUAACAUUAAGUUAUUUGGCAACAGCUCUGGUGGACAUGCCAAUUGCACGCUCCCUCUGUGGCGUUGUGACAACUGCACAUUUCAAGUGGCCUUUUAUUGUCCCCAGCACAAAGUGCACCUGUGUAAUGAUCAUGCUUCUUGAUAUGCCACACCUGUCAGGUGGAUGGAUUAUCUUGGCAAAAGAGAAAUGUUCACUAACAGGGAUGUAAACAAAUGUGUGCACAAUUUGAGAUAAAUAAGCUUUUUGUGCAUAUGGAACAUUUCUGGGAUAUUUUAUUUCAGCUCAUGAAACAUGGAACCAACACUUUACAUGUUGAAUUUAUUUUUGUUCAGUAUAAAAAUACUAGCUAUUUUUAAUUGUGGCCAUCAAAACAGUUUAACAUGUGAGUGCAUUUAGAAUUGUUGGGCAAUGAUUGGACUUGAAUGAGCUUGUUGUGGAAAUUCUUCACCAGGGACACGAAGUCAAAUUUAAAUGAAUCAUAGUUUUAUUAAAAGUUAACUGGAGAGUUUCCAACCAACUCAUUGCACCAAGUACACAUGUCGAUUAGGAGCUCCUCCGGGGCAGUCCCGUUAGAGCUCUUAUAUACAGACAAGUUAUAUUUGCAUGAUUUAGCUUAUUCAUUCCUAAUUAAUUCCUAAUUAACGUUUGCUUCAUGACAGACCAAUCAAUACCUCACGAGGCUUCUUCUCUCUAAGCUGAGACCUUGAAACUGAGAUCUUUCAUCCUCUAAACAAGGGUGUGGCCGUACUGCAUAAUUACAGAUACUGAUAGUGAGGAUUUGUUCAAUGAGUCAGUUGCAUGAACACAUAAAUUGUUAAAUAGAAGAGCACCAACACAACAUUUUCCAUCACAAGCUGUUUGAGGAGCUGUAGCAGCAGCUCUCGAGCUGUCAGACAGACUUCCCGCUCAAACUAGGCUCUGUAUGCUGUGUGAUAAAUAUUAAGACACAUAACGACUAACACAAAUACACACGUGCCAAUUUAGUCCCACUAAAUUAUGCAAAUGAGCCUAUAGAUUUUUAAGCAUGACCGGUGAAAUGUAUUUACAUAAGAAUAGUAUUUCCAUCAAUGAAUAGGCUAAAAAGCAUUAUUUUGCAAUGGGAUUUUUCUUCUUCUCCUGGACAAUUGGCCGGCAUAAAUGUUAUUUAUCGUCUUUUACUGGCUGACAAACACUGACCCUUCGUCUUCUUUCUCUCUCCCUCUCAGAUUGAUGAGGAUCCCAGUUUGAUUCCUGAAGCCACCCAAGGAGGGACCUUCAACUUUGACGCCGCCUCCAGCCUGCAGACAAAGGAGUUCAAGUUCUAG